AUGGGCUUGACAGUCAGAGCCAUGAGUGCACUUUGCCUACUAGUGCUCCUGUUCAGCCAGUUGGUCCUUGGUCUUCGCUAUCAUCAAGAAUUGUCCGAGUACAACCUAAAUGAGAACAAGACUGCAAAGCGUGUUCUUGAUUACUGGGGCAAAUGGCCAAAGCAUACAUAUAAUCCGUCGCCAUCAAACUGGCGAUUUCCCUUCUACACACUCUUUCUCGAUCGAUUUGUUGAUGGCGACCCGGAAAACAAUGACAUCAAUGGGACUGUGUUCGAGACCGAUACUAUUUCAAACCAGUAUCGGUUUGGAGGGGACAUGACUGGAUUGAGAGAGAAUUUGGAUUACAUACAAGGCAUUGGGAUCAAAGGAGUCUAUAUCGCUGGAACGCCCUUCGUGAACUUUCCUUGGAAGUCGGAUAGCUAUUCACCGCUAGACUUCAGUCUAUUGGACAAACACUAUGGUACCAUUCAACAGUGGAGAUCUGCGAUCGAUGAAAUUCACCGACGAGGGAUGUAUGUUAUGGCGGACAAUACCUAUGGCACUAUGGCGGAUUUGCUCGGGUUCGAGGGCUUUCUCAACAGUACUGCGCCGCUGAACCCACUCGAAUACAGAACGGUUUGGAAGGAAGAUCAAAAAUAUUUUGAUUUCAGUCCCAGCAAUCAAUACAAGAAAGAGUGCAAGUAUCCCAUUUUCUACUCCGAGGUGGGAGUGCCCAUUGGAAAUGAGACCGACUUCCUCAAUCAACUGAAGGGCUGCUAUGACAGUGAUUUUGACCAGUAUGGUGCUAUUGACUCUGUCAGCCUCGCACCUGACUGGCAAAAGUCUUUAGCAAAAGCUGCUUUGGUGCAAGACCGGCUUCGAGAAUGGGUUCCAUCAGUCAGACAAAAGAUCGAGCACUUCACUUGCAUGUUAAUCACCUCCCUCGAUAUUGAUGCGCUCCGCUUCGAUAAAGCAGGCCAAAUUACAGUGGAUGCAUUUACAAGUAGCUCCCUAGCCAUUCGCAGAUGUGCGUCUCGCCUGGGAAAAGACAACUUCUUCAUCGGGGGCGAGUUCACUGCAAGCAACUCUUACGCCUCAAUCUAUCUCGGCCGCGGACGCGAGCCAGAAAUGAGGCCAAACAACGAGACUGAAAGCAUUUCUCUCACCAAUGCUUCGGAUGAUCGGUAUUUUCUUCGGCAACCAGAGGGGCACGGGGCAGAUGCGGCAGUGUUUCACUACAGCAUCUAUCGUGCUCUUACUAGGUUUCUCGGUAUGGACGGCAAUUUCACAGCACCGGCAGAUACUAGUGUUGACUUUGUCGACGCCUGGAACGAUAUUCUGAUAACCAACGAUCUCAUCAACGUUAACACUGGGAAGUUCGAUCCGAGACACAUGAUGGGAACUGCUAACCAAGAUACAUUCCGCUGGCCAUCCAUUCGACAGGGAACAGCAAAGAUGUUGCUAGGGCAGUUUAUUACAUCACUCCAUAUACCUGGGAUUCCAAUCCUGCUUUGGGGAGAAGAGCAAGCAUUCUACGUCCUCGACAGUACGAGUCCGCUUGGCAUAUUCGGUCGCCAGCCGAUGACCUCGUCGCCGUCCUGGCAAAUACAGGGAUGCUACGGACUUGGGUCGAGUCAGUACAAUGAAUUCCCAAUUGAGGCUGCUUUGAUAGGAUGCCACGACGACAAAGUAGGAAUGGACCACCGAGAUCCCACACAUCCAGUGCGCAACAUUAUCAAGUCAUUCUACUAUCUCCGUGAAAAUCUUCCUUCGCUUAAGGACGGCUAUUAUCUUCAGAGUCUCUCCAAGCAUACCCGCAAUGUCACGCUUCCCGGAUCUGGCGGCACCGCAACCGAGCUCGGAAUUUGGAGUGUUCUUCGUGAUCAGUAUCCCGGAGUGAGCGAUCUUGACCCGACCAACGAGACUGCAGUUUGGCUCGUCUAUCAUAACGAAAACACAUCGGUGUCAUACGAUUUCGAUUGCAAUUCGCCUCUCGACAGCUUCCUUGCUCCCUUCGAGGGUGGAACCAAAGUCAGGAAUUUGCUGGCGCCUUAUGAUGAGGUUACUCUGCAAUCAAGUCAAGUCAGACUCCGGAUUCACGGAUCCCAGGUCUUCAACGGUUGCGUGGAUCGAGUUACUCUGAAGCCCUUCGAGUUCCGAGCUUAUGUCCCUAUAGCGCAAUGGAUUCCUCCUCCCGUGGUGAUGACUGCGUUUGCACCAGGGCACGAUGCUCGAAUAAAAUCAAACACUACUGCUUUCGACGAGCAGAGUGUUGACAUAGAAUUACGGUUCUCGGAAGAACUCGACUGUGACAUGAUUACGGAGAGUUUUACAAUAUCAUCAACUACCGAAAGUCAAACGGUGCCAAACAUCAACACAAAAAGCGUCUCCUGUGAGACCGUGAGACCAGGAAGCCUGGAGCACGUUGGUCAAGUUCCAAGCGCAUGGUCCUGGAAAGGAACUUUGGACAACGUAACCCAUGGGAUACAUGUGCUCACCGUCAAAAAUGCCUCCACAGCAACAAAGUCCCGGUUUACAAACUCGGUUGAUCGGUUGAUGUUCCGCAUCGGACGCAAAGACAACCCCAUGAUAUUCCCCAUGUCGGCAAACUACACCAAUACUGGACUCACCAAAUUCACUGAUGGGAAUGGAUUCUUGGUGCAACACAAUGCCGCUGGUGCAGAUAAAUGGCGGUAUUCAACGAACUGGGAGAGCUCGUGGAGUCCGUGGAAACCCUACGAUGGAGGCUCAAGCCAAAUCAGUAGCCUUCCAUGGUCCGGUACGAAACAACAGCGAUGGGAUGCCGAUCAUGUCAUUCUUCAGUAUUGGAGUAAAGCGGCUGGCAGUAGCCAGCAUAUUCAACGAUUGGAUUCACGAGAGAAGGACAAGGCACCAAGACGAUUCCCUCACCUAUUUGCCUUUGGGGAUUUCAAUCGCUUUGGUAAAGAUAUCGGCCUCAAAAAUUCAUUCUCUCAUAAUCGCAAAGUGGGCAUCUGGAAAUUCCACCUGUCAGCUGAAUGGCCAUCGCGAUUCCAAGUUAAUGUUUGGGGACUGAACCCUGACAAGGAGCUUGAUCGCACCCUCGUUUUCGGGGACACCCUGAAUAGCAGUCGACUAAAUCGGCUACAGCCUGACUCGCUUUCUGUCGCUGAUAAUGUUGUCAACUUCACUCAGUUUCCGCCCGCGCCAUACAUGGCUUACCGAAUGGAGCUGAACGACGGAAAUAUGCGAUUUGAACUAAUUCCCUCUGGGUUGCGCCUAAACCAACAGAUAAUCUAUGUAUUGUUGUGGGUUCUUCCAGUGCUCAGUGCUGGACUGAGCGUACUGAUCUACAUGGGGGCAUUUUACAACAUCAGUUUCAACCGCACAGGUGUCAGCCUGCCAUUUCACAUUCUACCUGCAUUUCUCCGCCCCCGUCGAGGAUUUGAGCAAUUGAGCGGCGAAGAAAACAAAGGAGCCUUGAUGACAGAAAUGACUGUGGCAUCUACCACGGGAAUGUUCCCCUUGGCCGCUUCACUGUCCUCAAAGAAAAAGAGGACAGUUUUGCUGGCAACUUUGGAAUAUGACAUUGAGGAUUGGGAGAUCAAAAUCAAAAUUGGCGGACUCGGCGUUAUGGCCCAACUCAUGGGGAAGAAUCUUCCACAUCACGAUAUCAUUUGGGUUGUACCCUGCGUCGGGGGAGUCGAUUAUCCAAUGGACACAUUGGCCGAGCCUAUGUCCAUAACCAUCGCCAACAGUGUCUACGAAGUCCAGGUCCAGUAUCACAAGUUGCGAAACAUCACAUAUGUUCUGCUCGACGCCCCUAUCUUCCGCCAGCAAACGAAAUCAGAGCCAUACCCCCCUCGGAUGGACGAUCUUCAUAGCGCCAUUUACUAUAGUGCAUGGAACAGCUGCAUAGCCGAGACGGUUAAGCGCUUCUCUCACUGUAUCGACAUCUACCACAUCAACGACUACCACGGUGCAGUGGCGCCGCUCUACCUACUUCCAAGCACCAUACCGUGCUGUUUGUCACUGCACAACGCUGAGUUCCAAGGUCUAUGGCCGUUACGCGAUCAAAAGGAGCUUGAAGAAAUAAGCCAGGUUUUUAACCUUGACAUUGCCAUAAUCCGCAAAUACGUUCAAUUUGGCGAGGUCUUCAACCUGCUUCAUGCCGGAGCGAGCUACCUUCGCGUGCACCAACGUGGAUUUGGCGCUGUGGGGGUUUCAAAUAAAUACGGCGAUCGAUCAUAUGCACGAUAUCCUAUCUUUUGGGGCCUGAAAGAGAUUGGCAAGCUUCCUAACCCAGAUCCGUCCGAUACAGAGCCAUGGGAUCCCGAGACGGAGGCCCAUCAAGUCAUUAAGGUUGACCAGGCAUAUGAACAGUCCAGAGGUGAUCAUCGUUCCCAAGCGCAGAAAUGGGCUGGGCUGAAAGUCGACCCAACCGCCGAACUAUUUGUAUUUGUCGGCCGUUGGUCGGUUCAGAAAGGCGUUGAUUUGAUCGCCGAUGUGUUCCCGGCAAUCUUGGAGAGGCAUUCAAACGUACAGCUCAUUUGUAUCGGUCCUGUCAUUGACAUGUAUGGCAAAUUCGCCGCGCUCAAGCUGGAAGAAAUGAUGAAUCUCUACCCGGGACGGGUGUUCUCGAAGCCCGAGUUCACUGCGUUGCCUCCCUUCAUCUUCACAGGAGCUGAAUUUGCUCUUAUACCAUCGCGUGACGAGCCAUUUGGCCUUGUGGCGGUGGAAUUCGGCCGAAAGGGGGCUCUGGGUGUUGGAGCGUUGGUCGGUGGACUUGGUCAAAUGCCCGGCUGGUGGUUCCCUGUCGAAUCCAUGACGGUGAAGCAUCUCCAGAAACAAUUCAAAGUGGCAAUUGAAAGCGCUAUCGGAUCAAAGCAGAGGGACCGCGCUAUGAUGCGAGCGAGCUCGGCUAAACAACGCUUUCCCGUGGCUCGAUGGGUCGAGGAUCUCGAUCAUCUUCAAGCGCAGUCAAUUCGUAUGCAUGAGCAGGAAAAUGACCCAGCACGGAAGAAACGGUCGAGUGGUCGUUACUCGCGCAACUUCAGUCAGAUCUCCUUCUUUUCGACGCAAACUGCAAGUCCGAAUCUUGAUGAAAUGAAUCCAAUCCCCAGGUCUUCCCCACAACUUCCCGAUGAAGGUCUUCAUCGAUCGCUCUCGUUGGGUGUUCGGUCUGGUCCAGGUCAUCAAAUUAGACGAACUGUCUUACAUGAGGGUACUGCAUUGACUCCCAGACUGGAAGAAAUUGCGGAUCCCGAUGAACAGGGCAUUUCACCAGAAGCGGCCGAGGCAAUUGUGAAGCAAGGGCAGCACAGCCCUUCAUCGUCUGUUACUGACACGGAAGAAAGGCAACGAGGCCGAACUCUGUCGGUGACAACUCUACCACAGCCUUCAGUGGCAGCAGGUCUUGGGAUUAAUGAUGCUCAUUCGACAUCGACAAGGAGCAGGCUGAGGUCCUCUUCAAUCCUAAGCGUGGACCAAAUCAAAGGAACUCGUCAAAGUUUCUCAUUGGAGACUGCAGACCCCACGUUUAAAGAUGAAUCUGGGAAAUAUUCACGCUGUUUCCAGGGGAUGUUGCAACGGUUGACUGGCAAAAACUCCGAAAGUGAUCUUUGUAUUGAGGAUUUUAUCGUGAAUAGCGAAAAAGAAUGGUCAGAUAGCCUGCGUGAAGCCAAGCUAGGCCGUGUAUCCAGCCGCAGUCCUUCGCCCUACCGAAGAUCCCCAUCUCUCAACAAUCAAGAUGAUGAAGCCGAAGACGAUGCAUCGAACUGGGAGGACUUGUCAACGCAAGAACUUUUGCGGCCCGAGUCUUUCAAGCGACCACCCAGAAUCCAACGCUGGCUGUUGACUCGCGUAUUCGAUUGGCCAAUCUACUCAAUCAUUCUCGCUUUGGGUCAGAUCAUGGCUGCCAACUCCUCCCAGAUGACACUGCUCACCUCACCAUCAGAGCAAAGCCCCAUCCCCCUCUACGUUUUGGGAAGUGUGUAUAUUGUUACAACCUGUGGAUGGUGGCUCGCAUUCCGGCGCAUCCCAUCCGUUCAUCUACUGUCUCUACCUUUUGUGUUUUAUAGUAUUGCAUUCUUGACUAUAGGUAUUGCAGCAUUUGUUCCUAAGGGCAACGGUCAGGAUUGGACGUAUCAUAUUGCUACUGCCUUCUACAUUAUCGGCUCCUCCAGCGGAUAUCUGUUCUUUUCACUCAAUUUUGGAGAUGACGGUGGCUCAAAGAUUGAAUCCUGGGUGUAUCGCGCAUGCAUUAUCCAGGGCACACAGAAUCUCUACAUUGCUGCACUCUUCUUUUGGGGCGCUGAUAUUGCCUCGGGGAAUGGCAGAGAAAUCCUUGAGUCUGCGGGCACUGUCGCAGCAAUCACCAUGCCGAUAGCCGCUCUUUUAUUCGGCAUAGCAGUGGUUCUAUUCACCGGUCUACCCAGCUACUACCACCAAACCCCAGGCAAAAUCCCAGCAUUUUACAAGAGCAUCCUCCGACGCAAGAUCAUUAUUUGGUUCUCAGUAUCAGUGGUGCUGCAGAACUAUUUCCUCAGCAUGCCCUACCAACGAAACUGGAAUUAUCUCUGGGGAUCUAAGUAUGUGCCACGUUGGGCAAUAUUUCUGCUUGCCGUUGCUUUCUUUAUCGGAGUCUGGUACGUACUUCUAGCAAUAUUGGCUUGGCGCUCUAAAAGCCAUUCUUGGAUUAUGGCUAUCUUCGCUAUUGGACUCGGUGCUCCACGGUGGGCCCAGAUGCUUUGGAGCACGUCUGGUAUCGGCUGGUGGGUGCCGUGGAUGCUGGGCGGACCACACGGCUACGCCCUGGGCGCCCGAGCAGUCUGGCUAUGGCUGGGGGUCUUGGAUUCCAUUCAGGGGGUUGGAUUCGGUAUGAUCCUUCUGCAGACACUUACAAGGAUACAUAUUGCGGCGUCGCUGUGCGCUGCGCAGUUGAUAGGCACAGUGACGACUUUGGUUGCUCGCGCUACAGCUCCAGAUCGUGACGGACCUGGAGAUGUGUUUCCCGACUUUUCGGCGGGCGUUAUUGAGGGUAUCUCGAAGCCAUGGUUUUGGAUUGCAUUGAGUUGUCAGCUGGCAAUUCCUGUUGGAUUCUUUAUGUUCUUCCGCAAUGAGCAGUUGAACAAACCUUGA